UAGCACGUACACGUAUCAGAAACACAUACACGUAUCAGUUUUUUAAAAGUAUCUAUAGUUUCAGAACCGUAAAGCACUAAUAAGAAACGUUUCAACGAGAACCUCUCUGAAACCUUAUUUAUGAAUCAUUUAUAAAACGUUUAUAAAACGUUUCUUCAACGAUUUUUUUCGCAGAAAUAAUGUUUCACUUAACGUUUUUUGAGUGGACAUUUUUACUCAUGAAAAACGUUUCAGAAACGUUAUGAAACGUUUUGGAAACAGUUAUGAAAGGUUUGAUUCUAACGUUUAUAAAACAUUUUUAAAACGUGUGUGUGAACGCUACCUAUUCUUGACACUUGUACAGCAAUGUAAGGUCACGCGUGUGAAAUUCCGAUAUUCGCCGUUCAAUAAAGUCGCAUUAUGAAAGGAGACGAAAAGAGCAGAGUGAGUUCUGUGCCAUUAAUCUCCAGGAAACCGACUCGAACUGUCCUCUCCGUUGAGAAAGCCGUUUGCUGAAGGAAACGCCAUUCAAAAUCGCCUGGGUCUCGUCUGUCCUCCUGGCUGGCGACCGCGCAUUAUUGCGAUUGGUGCGCAUGUGCGCUCGCACGAGCAGCAACGAACGCCAACUUCGUGCCGCAUAGGAAGGGGAUACAUCAUCUCCGGAUACGUUACGCGCACGCUGUGCAGCAGCACGCAGUGCGCCUUCAUGCAUCAGCUGGUCGCCGAAGGCGGUGAAACGGGCGCGUGUUGCCGCAGCCGACACGAUACAGGAAACCGCGGGACAUUACAUAAGACGAGCGUGACCGAGCUGGCGAAUUCGCGAUCGCCCGUGCCUGAAUCGCGCACGAUGAACGAUAACGACGGUUAAUGGCAUGGUGCAAACCGCAAGACCUGAGCGCAAUUUUAGAUAAAGCGCGGCCGUUGUCAGUCGCUGUCGGUCAGUCGAUCUGUCUCUAUCGGGGGAGGGAGAGUUUGCGCGUUCACCGAUAAAGCGUUGCAUGCGAUCCGCGUUUCAAGGACGACUAGUCAAUUUACGCACGAACUGUCGUUUACAAGAGUGGUAAGAAUCAGGGCGUAGUGAGAGACAGAUAGAGACACGAACGGAACGACGUUCUCGUUCACGAUAUCGUACAGUGCACACACUGUGCACAUACAUACACACAUACACACUCAGUAGUUUGUCACGCGCUCGUGAUUCGUACUCCGAGGCUGACAGUGUGACAGCGAUAACAAGAGUUGCCAGACGCAGCGUGGUGAUUCAGUGCUCGGUCUUUCCGUCGAUUUUCGCUCAACGGGGAGAUAUCGUCGGCCGUCCGUUGAACCUGAAGAUCCGAACCGGGUUUGUACACACCGACUGUAUUCUCUCUCUCUCCCUCUGUCUCGCGCGCGAGUUUCCAGCUCGACACCUGGAGUCCCAGCGGGAUGUCCAACGUUCGGAGCGAGGUCGACCCGUUCAGCGAGACGCCUAUGGAGCUCGAGUCCUGUGAAGGAAAUGAUCAAGGAAUUAUAGAUGAAAGUCCAAAGAAUGGCUUAGAGACCGAUGUGGGAGAAGCUGUUUAUGCAGAACCUUUGACACCGGAAGAGAUACGGUGGUUUUACAAAGAUGGUGUUGACAAAAGAUGGGUGGAGUUUUGUGGAUAUGAUAGCUUAAGAAUUGAGAAGAUUUAUCAGGAUCGUCAAGAUUUACUCAGCAAAAGUAUCUCUGAAACAAGUGAUUUGCCACCUGCUGAAAAAAUUGUGGUCAGAGGAGGCAUGUACGAUGUUGAAAUUGAUAAUAUGAAAUGUGUUUCCAUAUACUGGCCAGGCGAAGAGUGGGAAAUUAUGAGAGGUACAUGGUAUUAUGAUGGUAGUUGGGUACCAUUAGAAACAGAACAUUCCAAAGUAAUAGAGGAAGUCCAUCUCAAUCUAUUCCAAAGAGAAAGCAACAAUCAAAGUAGUUCUAAGUGUGAUACAAAUAAUCAAUCUUACAAAGUAUUACAUACCGAACAAUUCCCCGAAUUUCACGUUGACUGGCAUACGAUUAAUGAUGUGACAUUAUAUAGUGAAUAUACACCUACUAAACUGAUGCGUAGUGUCACGUCAAAACUGGGUUUUUCCAAGACAACAGGUUAUCGAUUAAAAAGAGGAUACAAAACGCGUGCGAAUUUGGAAAAUAAGCCACGCGAUAUCGAUCAUCUAGUAUUCGUUGUUCACGGAAUAGGACAAAAACGAGAUACAGGGAAAAUUAUACGUAACACCACAUGUUUUAGAGACUGCGUGGAUUGGCUCAAACAGAGAUACUUUCCGACUUCGAAGCAUAGAGUGGAAUUUUUCGCAGUUGAAUGGCGGUCAUCGUUGAAAUUGGACGGAGAUAUAGUUGACGCGAUUACGCCUUAUAGUGUACUGAGUAUACGCCACUUGCUGAACACAUCAGCGAUGGAUAUUCUGUAUUAUACAAGUCCCCUGUAUGGCGCUGAGGUCAGAGCCGGUUUGCAAAAGGAGCUAAAUAGAUUAUAUUUUAUGUUUGCGAGCCGGCACCCUGGCUGGCAAGGGAAGGUGUCAGUCUUGGCGCACUCUUUAGGAUGUGUAAUUGUGUAUGACAUAGUUACAGGCUGGAUGGGACCCGACACACGUCUCCCGUCCCCGACGCAAGAAGUUUUGCUGCAAGGAUUACAAUUUCCCAUCGAGAAUUUGUUUUGUCUGGGUUCUCCGCUGUCUGUAUUCUUAGCGUUGCGCACACGUACUCCAUCCAAUAGACUGGACGUGAUGCCGCAGAAUUUAUGCAAGAGGUUUUACAAUAUAUUUCAUUGGUCCGAUCCGGUAGCUUACCGGAUGGAACCGCUCUUAGAGAGAGGCUAUAGUAAAAUCGAGCCAGUUCUCAUACCUCCGUACGGAGGUGUCGAUGGACAGCAGAUGGAGCAGUCUCCUUCGUCAUUGAAUAACGGAGAUCCAGUUCUACCGCCUACAGUAGAAGCGGAUGACAAGGAUGAAAGUCCAGUGGAUACGCCUAAUCGGAGUGCAGAAAAGAGCUGGAGUCUUUGGGAUUUAGUCCGAGGCGGCUGGAAUGUCAAAGAGGGCCCGUCUUCACCGACACCAGAUUCGAAUCCACCAAUCCGUCCAGGACAAGAAUUGGCGCAACGACUGGAUUACGUGCUGCGCGCCGUUGGUUUAGGAAGGAACUACUUAUACACAGUAACAGCUCACACGGCAUAUUGGAAUAAUUACGACGUGGCCUAUUUCGUAUUAACAAGACUUUUCCCGACACUAGAAACGUGAUGGCGGUUUAAACGUUUCGAUGCGGACUGCCGGUGGAUCCUGAUAAGAUGUUCUAGUCCAUUGUAGGCCUGCCGAACGUGAUAUGUAGCAAAUGGGCCUACCACCAAAACAAUCUGUGAUAACGGUAAAACGAUACAAUAAUGUCGCAAAAAAAAAAUGGAAAUCGAUCAUUUUAUAUAUUGCUCGCAUAAUUUAGUAUCGCUCCGAUCGAGUUACACGAGAUGAAAGAACUUUAUCUUCACUCGUAUUUUGGAAAGUAACUUGUUUGUACUGAACAGUUCGGGUAAUCGACGAUUUAUACGUAGUAUAAUAGAUUGCGUAUCAUAGGAAGUACGAAAGAAAUCAGUUUCGCGCCUUGUGUUAACUUGCUGAUAAAUAUAGUUUAUGCAAAAUAUUUAAGUAACGACACUCUUUAUGAUUGCUAUACUUGUUAUUGACACAUUCUAGUUGUUUUCAAAUAGUUUAUCGGCAACUAAUAUAUUCCCGUUGAUUGCCUUCGUUAUAUAUUGCCAUAUGUAAAUAAGCAACAUAUUUUAAGAUCAGCAUCCACAAUAUUAAGUACGUUAUUGAUCUUAACUUGAGGUAACAUGCGCUAAGGUGAUGCGCUUACAAAUUUUUCUUACAUAUAUAUAUUCAAGUCGUUACUCUCAAAUUAUGAAUACUAUUGGAAGUAUUCAUCAAUAAUACAGAAACAUGAAACACCACAGUCUCUAAUUUAGGGUUUUAAAUAAUAUGUAACUCGUUAUAAGGCACAAUACGCUCUACUUAAAAGAUAUAGUAUCAUUUUAUAACUGAUUUUAUAUCUUGAAUUCAAUAUUAAAUUCCUAUUACAAUUACGAUAAUUAUAUUGUUCCAUACUGCUUUAACUUACUUAAGUACAGAGUACUCUUCUAAUUCUGUAAAUAAAUGGAACUAGAAUUCUUCGGACACGAUAACACCGGCUUUUCAUCUUUUCUGUAAAGAGAUUUUACAGAAAUAAAGUUUGUUAUUUUGAUAGGAUAUUUUUAAAUUCAAUGAUUUUAUAUAGACACUAUGCGAUAAUUGUUUAAUUAGGAAACGAAUUGUUAUGUAUUUAAAGUUUUGUCUUAUUUGAGAAUUGUUCUGUAUAUUAAAGAUUUAGACAAGAUGACAUGAACAAUAUAAUUAGCCUAAAAAAUAAAUUCUUAUUGAAGUCUUAUGACUUUUGAACUUUUUACGUUUGAAAGAUAUCUAUUUUUAUGUGUCAUUAUUUUAAAUAACAGUGCUAUUAUUUAUACUGUUUAUAGCUAAUUCUGUUUAUUUGGUUAUUACAUACUUUUCGUUACAUUAUAGACAGCAUAAUUUUUGUUACUUUUGCUAUAUAUAUACAUAUUAUAAAAUUGUUUGGUUGUUGCUGAAGUUUAUUAAUGCCAAAACAAUGCAGUAUUGUUGCUUAAUAUAUAUACAUAUAUGUCUGAAAUUCGUCCGCAUAAAAGAAUGCUAGUUUUUCAAAUUCGAAUUGAACAACUUAUCAAUGGCGCAAGACAGAUUAUUUAAAAUAGUGCGACAAUAACGAAAAAAAUUUAUUACGUGAAGUUUUAUUAGAAGGUAUAGGAAAAUAUCAAAUUUUAUAUAACAUGACAUCAAUAUCGAUAGGUUUAUGGGAACAUUGAUGUAAAUAAUUUUUUUUUAACAUAGAGACUAAUAUGAUACCUAUAUAAUCAUCAUGUGAUUAAAAAUCUGUUCUUACGAAAUGCGUAUGAUAGUAGCAACAAAGACUUACGAUAAUAGGACAAGCAAUCUGCCAUGGAACAUUAUUGUUGCUUGUUUGAGAGAAUAACUUUGUUUCUAUUCUUCAUUUUAGCAGUGAUUACUGAUAUAAGAUAUCUGAGCAUUUCUCGAAUAUCCUUUCAAGCGCUAAAUCAUUUAUAAAUUUGUAAAAGAGUACCAAAUAUAUUUCGUAUGUCUAGAA